AUGAAGACUGUGUCACGCAUUAAGGAGGCGGGCGCCGGCCAGCUGAGCAACCGGCUCAUCAAGAAACAGCUCAAGAGGGUGAACAAGAUUGCGGAAGACGAUGCAUGGGUCAAUGAGUUCCUCUCGUUCUCUCGGCCAAUGCCGGUGGGCGGCGAGUUCAUCAUGCCAGCCGAGGUGGCGAAAGCAGCCUUAGAAGAAAUCUAUGGCGAGGGGCCGGACCUGCAGAACCUUGAUUUGGAGGAGUUUGAGGAUGAUGCUCCCAGUGAAGACGAGGUUCAGGACUGGGAGCGCUUGAGGCGUAAGGUGGAUCCUUCCAAGUCGCCGGGCACCACUUCCACGUCCCGGGUGCGCUGGACCAACGUCCCGGGCGUGCAGCGCUUCGUGGCGGGGCUGCCGAGUGAGAUCGCCACCGGGAAGCAUGCCGACAUCGGGGGAUCAGUGGCCAACCGAGGUUUUCAGGAUGUGUGGAUCAGUGGUGCCUCCGUUCGCUACGACUACGAGGAUAAGCCCUGGUAG